CCUGACCCUAAUCUUAACCCUAACCCUAACCCCUAACCCUAACCCUAAUUGGGUCGCUGAAGAGUAAAUCUUUAAUUCCGAGUUACUGUGCAAGUUUUUCGUGUAAAACUGUAACUGUCAGCUGCAUUACAAUUUCUUCACGUAAACCUGUAACUCGCUGUUACUGUACAAUUUUUCUCUUUGUCGCUACUUUCGAAGCAUUCACCUUUCACUCGGCGCGUCCGAAGUUAACAUAAAAUCUUCAAAUACGUUCAUGAUUUACAAUAAAUUUGAACAAAUUAAAAAUAAACUUACUACCAUGACUCAUCGUGGCAAAGUAGAUUUCCAACAGCGCUAAUAACAAGACGAUUGCAAACUUGCAGGUCGACGAUCUCCCGCUCUGCCUGCUAGACGCUCUGUCUCGCCUCGGCAAAAAGCCUUUUACUCGACUACAGCUGCACCUUUUUCGUACUCUACGUUUACGAACCUGACUGCCAAUUUCUUGCCGUUUCCCACCAAAAUGUGUGCUUCUUUUGACUAUUCAUCAACCUUUUCAUCGGUGAGUUCGUGAGUUGCAAAGGGGUUAAUUAAAAAAAAUAAAUUAACACACUCAAGCACGGACUGGUCCGUGACAAGUGUCGUGAAUUCUUAUGUCCCUUUAGCAAUACAUUUGGGAAGAUCCCAAUGUGCAGCUGUCUUUUCCUCGUCAGGUACUGAAUGAUCACGUGGUCUUGGAAGGCGCUUUUCGAGGUAAUAUAAUACUUUGAUUGUCCAAAGACCUAGAGCGUGGUACAUGCGCAAUAGUGACGACUAGCCAGUCUUGUCAAGACGCCGUGUUUUCAGUGUUACAUGAAGGUAUCAAGGGCCAUGAAGUCAACAGUAUUUAAGGGGAUUCUUCUUAUGAUCCAUAUAGUCCUGCUUUGCAUCUGUCUGCCGGAAGUAGGUCGAGAAAACUACACAGAGUCACAGCGGAAACCGAGGUCUGCAGGCUCUACGUCGUUCUAACUUGCAGGGGCACGCGAGAGCUACCCCCCAGCAUCCUCCAGCGAUUGCCGCCACCACAACCACCAGCACCAGCACCACCACCACCACCACCACUCGCACCAUCAUUUGAGCCGACCUUUACAGCAUGUGUAUGCUGAGCGACGCCAGAGGAGCGAUGACGCGUGCUUCCUCUCCACAGAUGGUCGUGUUGAUCGCAUGGUUGAACACAAUGGCAUCGGGGCAGCUUUUUGCAUCACCCCCAAGGUUGGUUGCACUUACUGGCUGAGUAUCUUUCGGUGGCUGCACGGAGAUACCUAUGGGAAUAGUUACUCAUCACCUUUCCAAAUGCCUCGGUACCAAGUGCAUUAUAGGCCACAGCGCAUUAAAUUCUACAGAUUUGAUUCUGCUAAAGCUCCUACAUUUCUUGCUGAUCGGUUUCGGUUCAUGUUCGUCAGAGAGCCGUACAGCCGUCUGUGGUCGGCAUACGUGGACAAGUUUCUGCUGCCUGACUUGUGGGACAUCGACGGCAGGAAUAUCGUCAGUCGGCGGCCAGGUGUAAACAAGACUUCGGCUCGCUGCUUCAGCGAUAUCACAUUUGUAGAAUUCCUCGACUACAUCACCAGUAUUCCAGCAAAGAAAAUCAACGAUCACUACAGGCCGUAUCAAUAUGUCUGUAGCCCUUGCGUCCUGCGGCCACAUGUCAUAGGCAAGAUGGAGACGUUCACAAGAGACACAAAGUACAUCCUCGGUCGUUUAAAUAUGUCUUGGCUUGGGGACGAAUUGUUUGUUUCUGACAAGCAUGCCAAACACGAGAUCAGUAUGUUGAUAGACGACGUAUUCCAUGAGUUCAAAUACCCUUUCUACCAGAACUGUACAAACUCCACAGACCUGGCAAUACGGUUAUGGAAGGCCUUCCAGAUUAAUGGCUACCUGCCCAAUAGCAUAGAGUUUCCGUGGGCUAAAAACAGAUUGGUAAAGCAAAGUGAUUUAAAGAAUUUAGCCCUGCGAAUGUUUGAACAAAGACAACCCAGCAGUAAGCGUUACUGGACUGCUCAGAAAGAGCAAGCUCUGAUAGAAGCGUACAGUAAAGUGCCGGAUGUACUCAUGGAAAGAGUGAGGAAAAUGUAUGAUGUGGACUUCACAAUGUUCCAGUAUGAUCCCUAUCCAGAUAUUCUAUAUCGUAAGCGACCUCAUAAAAAGCUCUAACAGAAGUGUGCAGUAAUGUGCCCGACGUACUCAUGGAAAGAGUGAGAAAAAUGUCUGAUGUGGAUUUCACAAUGUUCCAGCAUGAUCCCUACCCAGAUAUUCUAUAUCGUAAGCGACAUUCUAUGACAUACGCAGUCAAAGAAACCAAGUUUUCAAAUUUAUCUGCAAAUCACGCCUCAACUCCUGCUCCAUGAUGGCUUCCACAAUCUUCCCAGAUGAUGGCCAGUUCAAAAACUGCCUUCCUAAAAAGUCUCUAAUUGUGUCCUCAUGACCACUUCAGUCUCCUCAAAUAACAGCCGGCAGAAAAAAAAUUGAUAACAAUCUUACUCCAUGUAGUCAUACCUCCAGGAUUAUAGGAAACUCCAGAACUCACUGCAAUAAGUUAAGGGUAACACCCGAUGAAACUUGACACUGUAACGUACAUAUCCAGGUCAUCUCCCCAACACAGAUCGUGACAUCAUCAACCAUCGAGUAUGUUACCAACUUGACAUCCAGGUCAUGUCAAGUACCAACACAGAUCGUGACAUUAUCAACCAUCGAGUAUGUUACCAACUUGACAUCCAGGUCAUGUCAAGUACCAACACAGAUCGUGACAUCAUCAACCAUCGAGUAUGUUACCAACUUGACACUGUGAGUAUAUAUCCCGGUCACGUCAAGUACCAAUACAGAUCGUGACACUACCAACGAGCGUGUUAUCAACUUGACUCUGUAAGUAUAUAUCCAGGUCAUGUCAAGUACCAACACAGAUCGUGACACCACCAACGAGCGUGUUACCAACUUGACACUGUGAGUAUAUCUCCAGGUCAUGUCAAGUACCAACACAGAUCGUGACACCACCAACGAGCGUGUUACCAACUUGACACUGUAAGUAUAUCCAGGUCACGUCAAGUACCAACACAGAUCGUGACAUCAAACAUCGAGUCUUACCAACUUGACACUGUGAGUAUAUAUCCCGGUCACGUCAAGUACCAACACAGAUCGUGACAUCAAACAUCGAGUAUGUUACCAACUUGACUCUGUGAGUAUAUAUCCAGGUCACGUCAAGUACCAACACAGAUCGUGACACCACCAGCGAGCGUGUUACCAACUUGACUCUGUGAGUAUAUAUCCAGGUCACGUCAAGUACCAACACAGAUCGUGACACCACCAGCGAGCGUGUUACCAACUUGACACUGUGAGUAUAUAUCCAGGUCACGUCAAGUACCAACACAGAUUGUGACACUGUGAGGAAGGGGCAGUUGGCGUGUAGACGCUGGAGGGACUGCUGCGCGUGAGUCGUCGCAAGGCAGAAGACGCGCUACUCAAAAUUCGGACUCGUGGAAGUUUUUCAAGAAGGGACGCCCGUUAUUAUCGAAUAAAUGUUCGCUUGUCACCACUGCAGUGAGCGGCUCGGGGUUCAGAUCUCCUCUCGGGAUACUCUUUGUAUAUGACAUCUGUUCGUAGGGCUGGCCGUGGGGGUUUUCCCCGGGUACUCCGGCUUCCUCCUCCCUCUCCCCCCCUCCCCAUAGUGCGAAAUCUCCGCAAGGUGGAAGCAUUUUCCUACUAAACAGCAACGCAUUGCAAGAAAAAAAACUUAACUACACGGCGUCUGUUUGAAUGUCUUGAGAACUCGUAACUCGAAUAUUGGUAAGUAGGGUGGUGUCUGUGUGUGUGUGUGUAUAUACACCUUAAAUAGUCUGUAACAUUGGAUUUGAAAUUCACUCGAUCCAUGCUCCGACUUUUAUGGUUAACGAAGAACUAAAAGUAAAAAUAAAAAUCACUUUUCUAUACUU